GUGAGGGAGGGAGGGAAACGACCGGAGAAGAGGAGACUGGCUCGGUCGGUACAGCUACAUCUACAACCGAGCAGAACCAGGGGAAGAGCGGAAGGGCAUUCACACAGUCUCAUCCGCACAGAAGAAUAUCUCCAUCUCCUGUGUCCCUCCUUCUGUCAGUCCAGCUUUUUUUUGUCUCUCUCUUCCUUCCACUUAUCUCGGAUAUUAUGAGCUCCAGCUUGCUAGAAAACCCGGUGCAGGCGAUUCUGUACCUCCGGGAGCUCACCACGAUCGUGCAGAACCAGCAGAGUCUCAUCCAGACCCAGCGCGCACGGAUAGAGGAGCUGGACAGGCGGGUGGACGAGCUCAUCGGCGAGAACAGGCACCUGCGGGACGUCAGGGUACAACAGCAGCUCCCUUACCUUCACCAUCAUCCCCAUCAUACUCUCCCGGACGCCAGUUGCCUUCACCAUCACCACCACCCGCAGGAUCCCCAGCUCAAGACUACGACGGGGUCUCUGCCAGAACAUGCGGCAACACCAGCGCAGGUUGAAGUGUCGCCGGGCGUCCAGCCCCCGCCUGCCCAACCUAUGGACCCGGGGGACAUGCAGUUGGUCCCAGCGGAUCCCUCUACGAUUUCCCCCAUUGAGAGUGAGUCGGAAAACGGUGGAAGUUGCCCCAGUUGCAAAUCUUUGGUUCCGAUGACCCCAACAACUCUUUGUCGAUCCCUGACCCUGGCAAAGCAAUCCGAGAGUGAGACCGUGCUGCAUCAAUUUUGCUGCCCCGCCCCUGAACAUCCGGAAACCGAUACCUCGGGAUCAUCAAGUGGACAGAUCCUGAGCCUGGAGGAUGGGAUGUCCUCUGGUGGAGGACAGGAAGUGAAGGGGCUGAAGAGGGAGGGACCCAGCGAGUAUGAGAUCAAUUUGGAGAACAAAAACAAACAGAUAGAGGACCUAGAGCAGAAGUAUGGAGGCCAUCUGAUCGCAAGACGGGCAGCGCGCCGCAUCCAGACGGCCUUCCGCCAGUACCAGCUCAGCAAGAACUUCCAGAAGAUCCGCAAUUCGCUGUCAGAGAGCAAGCUGCCUCGCCGCAUCUCCCUGCGCCAUCCCAGCCCUUCAUCCCGGAGCAGGAAUGCGGCCCAGAGACACAGCUACACUCUGCAUCCGGGAGGUGGACAGAUUCCCUUACGCUCAAAAACUCCUCCUCCACCUCCAUGUCGCUCCACAUCUCUUCCCCCGUCACCAGCAUCAGCCCCAGCAAAUGCCCCGUCAUCAGCUCCAAGUCAGGCUCCAUCUCAGACAUCUGGACCUACACUCACCCAGCUGGAAGACUGCUUCUCUGAACAGCUUCACUCCUUGGCUCAGUCCAUCGAUGAUGCUCUUCGUGGUUGGAGCCUGUCAGAGGGAGGAGAGGGGAAGGGACUUCUGAUGGACCCCGGGGCCCUUCGCGCGGCUGCAGAAAGUGCCGGCCUGCCCCGCAGUGCCAGCUCCCUUCUUAUGGCUUUCAGGGAUGUAACUGUUCACAUAGACAGCAAUAGCUCCUACACCAUCUCAUCCGCGACCACCACAACCACCACCUCUCUGGGAAAUGCAAGUGGGGGAGAACCGGGCAGCAGGAAGCCCUCUGUUAGUGGGACAGGCGGAGGAGGGGAUGGGCAGUCGAUGGAGGAACCUGAGUUUCCUGCCCCUCCGCCCAGCGAGGAGCUGGAAAUGGUCGAUCCGGGAUCUAGGAGGGGGUCCGCGGCACCAGCUGCAGCAGGGGUUGGGUUGGAGAGGGAAAACAGCUCAGACAGACUGGAAUCCUCCACUUCCACCUCUACCUCCACGUCAAUCUCCACCUCAGUGCAGUCUAAUCAGCAACCUGCUCAAAUUUACACACAGUACCAGCAGUAUCACUACACUCAUCCCCAGCAGGUCCCCGGGGGUCCGAGUCCAGAUUCCCUGCAGGCCCUUGUUGUCUCUCUGCCAAGGGACCGCUGCCAGGAUCCAACUUCCUGUCGCUCCCCAACCCUGUCCACCGACACACAUCGCAAACGCCUCUACAGGAUCGGACUCAACCUGUUCAACGUGAACCCCGAGAGGGGCAUCCACUUCCUGAUCACACGUGGUUUUGUCCCGGACACGGCUAUAGGCGUGGCACACUUCCUACUGCAGAGGAAGGGCCUCAGUCGACAGAUGAUUGGAGAGUUCCUGGGCAACAGCAAGCUGCAAUUCAACAGGGAUGUCCUCGACUGUGUGGUGGAUGAGAUGGAUUUCUCAGGAAUGGAACUUGACGAAGCUCUGAGAAAGUUCCAGGCUCACGUUCGAGUUCAAGGAGAAGCACAGAAGGUGGAGAGACUCAUCGAAGCCUUCAGUCAGCGGUACUGUAUGUGUAACCCUGAUGUGGUGCAGCAGUUUCACAACCCAGACACCAUCUUCAUCCUGGCCUUCGCUGUGGUCCUCCUCAACACCGACAUGUAUUCCCCCAACAUCAAGCCACACCGCAAAAUGGGGCUCGACGACUUCAUACGCAACCUGAGAGGUGUGGAUGAUGGAGCAGACAUCCCCAGAGAGAUGGUUGCAGGCAUUUAUGAAAGGAUUCAGCAGAGAGAGCUGCGCUCCAACGAAGACCAUGUCACAUAUGUGAGUCGUGUGGAGCAGUCCAUCCUGGGCCUGAAGACAGUCCUCGCUGUGCCCCACAGACGGCUGGUGUGCUGCUGCCGUCUGUUUGAGGUUCCCGAUGCCAACAAACCUCACAAACAGAAACUCUCUGCGCUCCAAAGGGAGGUGUUCCUCUUUAAUGACCUGCUGUUGAUCCUGAAGCUGUGUCCCAAGAAGAAAAGCUCAGCUUCAUACACUUUCUGUAAAGCAAUGGGUCUUCUGGGAAUGCAGUUUCACCUCUUCAGCAAUGAGUAUUACGCUCACGGCAUUACCAUGAUGAGCCCCUUUACCUCAGAGAAGAAGCAGCUGGUUAGUUUCUGCUCUCCCAGCGGAGAGGAGCUCAGGAAGUUUGCGGAGGAGCUCAGAGAAGCGAUCGCAGAGGUCAACGAGAUGGAGCAGAUUCACAUUCAGUGGGAACUGGAGAGGCAGCAAGGGAUCCAGUCGCAUGGUUUGCACACCAAUGGUGGGCAAAUGGACACACACACGGGACAUGGCUCUCCCUCAGGCCAACAGGAUGUGUAUGAUAAAACUGGCAACAACAACACAGUAGAGGUGUCAAUUCACAACAGGCUGCAGACCUAUCAGCUGAGCCAGCCCAGCAUUGAGUCCGCACCCCUGGCCCUGGCUGCACCCCCCACCCUGCUCAGCCCCGUCCAGGCCGGAGAGCUCCGCCCAGAGACCCUCAUCCAGUGCCAGCAGAUUGUCAAGGUGAUCGUUGUGGACCAGAGCGGACGGGGACGGAUGGAGGCGUUUCUCAGCCAAGGCCCGGCGACCCAUCAGCUCAUCCAGUCUGCCAUGUCUACUCCCGUCCGAGUCAGAGAGGGAGACGGACCCCAGCCGCCACUGCCGCCUCCUCCUCCACCUUACAACCACCCCCACCAGUUCUGCCCACCUGACUCGCCCAUGCCCUUCCACCACACCAUGCCCCUCACCCGCCGGCGCAACUCCAGUGGCUCCCGCAGCAUUGUAUGAAAAGAAAAAGAAAAAAAGUUGAUCCUCACACUUGCACAAAGUCGGUGUAGCACAAAGUCAACGCAAAAAAUGUUGAGAAAAUGCUAUAUAUGUGGAAGGAAAAAGAAAAUCAAGAAUCUGCUCAGAACUUGAUCAAACUGUGUGAUUUGUUUUGAAUGUGAGCUUUAAUAGUUGUUCUGAAAGACAUCUUUUACUUCUUUUCUCUACAAAAUCUCACCCAGUAUUAACUGAUGUAGCCUGUCUACAUUUCCCAGUUUUUAAGGAAUAUGCUUUGUUUGCAUUUUUAAGUGUCAGCCAUCAAGCAAAUGUCUCAGCAAACUCGGAUCAAGAAACCAAGCGAAAGAAAAUCUGUCCUAAAAGGACAAGAAUAAAGGACUGUUUUCUGUUUGGGAUAUUAAUAUUGCCCUUCAUUGGUGUGGAUCUUUACUGGAGUGAAUGUGAGGAAAUCUUUCAGUAUGUCUAAUCUGAAAAAAAAAAAACAACAACAAAAAAACAAGUUAAUAGGACCUUGAAAAAGUACUAGUAUCACUUGAAUUUAUUCACAUUAAGCUUGGUUACACAAAUUUUAAUCUAUUUUCUUGGGAUUUUACAAAGUGAUGCAGAAUUAUAAAGCAGAAGGAAAUGUAAUGUCUUUUGCAUUUCUAUGUAGCAUUUCUAUGUAGCAUUUCAUUUUGCGAUCCAAGCUGUAAGAUCUUUGAACUAUGUUCACCAGCGUUACACAUUCUAUAAGGGAAUUUUUGACCACAUUUAUUUUAUAAAAUAGUCCAAGCUUAUUCGAAUCACAUAUAUGUACAUCAGCUUUAAAGUCUUGCUGAAGAUUCCCUAUUUGAUUUAGGUCUGAACUUUGACUAGACCAUUCUCAAACACAAAUGGUUCUGGCUGUGUGCUGGGGUCAGUUCUUAAUGGCAAAUGAACCUCUUCCCAAGUCUUACUGUGACCAUUCUCUAGUUGAUUUUUUUCCCUGCAUUUAGAUACAUCAAUGCUUAUAAACUGACCAUCUUCUCUGUUCCUGAUAAAAAAAAGCAUCCUCACAGUACAAUGAUGCCAAUACUAUGUUUUGUCAUGAGGACAGUGUUCUUAGGGAGAGACGGUUUGUUAGUAUUUGACAUGCAAUUUUAUAUUCGCACCAAAAGGUUUAAACUUAGUCUUAUCUGACCAGAGCAUCUUUCUGCACAUAUUUUCCGUCCCCCUGCUGUGACAUUGUUGUGUUCAUACUGAGGUGGAUUUACCAACUCUUACGUAUAAACAUAAAAUAUAAAAUGAAAAUCAACAUUUUACUUUUCUUUUCUCCCCACCAGGGGGUCUUUUUGUGGGCUCUAGUGUUCCUUAUAUGACAGUAGGCUGACAGGAGAGGGGGGAAGACA